GACCGCCUUCUCCGAAUACUUUCACUGCCCGGCUUUGGAAGUGCAGUCGGAAUCGCUCUUCCCCGUGGAGGAGAUCCACUUGGAGGAUGCCUUUUUCAGCGACUUCGCCUUCACCAAUGCGCUUCUGAAUGCCGAGAAGCAAUCGAGGCAGGCGAAUGAAGACGGCUCCUCGGCUCGAUACUGGCCACUGGAGGAGCCGGUGACGCCGGUGACGCCGGUGACGAGACGGGGAAGCGAACGAGAAACAACACAGAGCGGGAGGCUCACCACUCGUGGACGCCGGGGGCGUGGAAGUACUGCGUGGAAGUACUGCUUGGAAUACUGGAAGGAGCGGCUGGCAGAGGGCUCAAGGGCUUCGGCCAUUUGGGCUGUGCCGCUGCACUCCACCUUGCCGAAAGAGCGGCAACAGCAAGUCUUCAGGCGACCGCCACGGGGGAAGGUCAAGGUCAUUCUGGGGACGAACAUCGCGGAGAGCUCAGUGACGAUUGGCACCUGGGGCCGAAGUUGGAUGGUCUUUUUGUUCUUUGUGGCAGGUGAUGUGGAGGUGGUCAUUGACUCGGGCUUGAAGCUUGGAUCAAAGCAACGAGAGCUCACUUACGACCCCAAGCGCCGCAUCUCCUCGCUGGACACAGUCUGGGUCUCGCAGAGCGGUGCCGUGCAGCGCCGGGGCCGUGCCGGGCGCGUGCGCGCCGGCCGCGUGCUGCGCUUGUACAGCCGAGAGCAGUUCGACGCCUUGCCCUUGCAGCCGUCGCCGGAGAUGCAGCGCUGUGAUCUGGCACAGAGCUGCCUACAAACUGUGGCGUUGGGUCGGCAUCCCCGGAGCUUCUUGGCCAACGCCAUCGACCCCCCCGACGUGGCGGCGGUGGAGAUGGCCAUGGAGCAGCUGGUGGCGAUCCACGCCGUGGACCACUCGGAUCCCGACCCGGAGGUUUGUCCCUUGCUGCUGCCCAUCGGCGAGGUUCUGGCACGCUUGCCCUUGGAGCCGCUUCUAGGUGGGACAGACAGGAGCGUUAUGACCUCGACAGGAAGAAGCAUGAGCAUCAUGACCUCGUGGUUUCACAAACCGGUACCAGGACCCUCCCUGGUUCUUGGAGCACCUUCUUUUGUUCGACAACCCUCGAGGGGGGGGUCCCUGGUACUUGUUAGCCGUGGGUGCCCAAAGUGCGAUACAGUGUAG